AUGCCCGCAUAUCAUUCACAAUACAACGAAGGCGAUUAUCAAUCCGUUGGUAACAUGUUUUUAUUACCCAUCAAGACGAAAUUCAGAGGAAAUGCACCUUUCGCUGACCCCAAUAGCGAGGAUAUUAUCGACGAAGCACUCGACUUGUUCCGUGCCAACUGUCUCUUCCGUAACUUUGAAAUCAAGGGAAAUGCCGAUCGUGUGCUUAUUUAUCUGAUUCUAUUCAUCUCACAAUGUCUUGGCUCCAUCAACAAGCUGACACCUCAAGGUGAGGCGCUCAAGACGUUGAAUACCUUGGCUGUAUCCAAUUUCGCUAUUCCCAGUGACCCAGCAUUUCCCUUGAAUGCUAUGUAUCAAGCACCUACUGACAAAUUUCAAACUGAGCAAAUGAAGCAGUACAUGCAACAACUUCGCCAGGAACUUGUGGUCAGAUUGGUUGAUAGGAUUUACAUUGAUGGACACCCAAGUAAAUGGUGGAUGUGUUUCUCCAAGAGAAAGUUCAUGAACCUCAGUCUUUAA